AUUCUUCAUUUUUCACUUUGAUACAAUUUCCUAACCACAAACACUCCCACUUUGUAGCUCAUAAAUCCAUCUCUUCCACUCAAACAACAACAUUCUAUUUAUUAUUAUCUAGAAAGACAUAAACACAAACACAAACACAAUUAUUAUUAUUAUUAUUAUUUUGUGAAUUAAUUAAUUAGCACAAUGGCUUUGUUUGAUCACCAAUCUCGACACUCUCUUGUCCCUGGAUUUCUUUACUCAUCAAAUGCAUUCUCUCAUUUGGAUAAUAUAUCUUCAAUCAACAACAACAACAACAUUAAUCAUUCAUCAUCAACACCACAUAAUUGGAAUAAGAAUAUUCCUAUGAUCCCUGCACCAAAGGAGACAACUAUCCCCAUGUUUUCUACUGAAUACUAUGUCGCAUGCAGUCUUGGUGGUAUCUUCAGCUGUGGUCUCACUCACAUGGCUGUCACUCCUCUCGAUCUCGUCAAGUGCAACAUGCAGAUUGACCCUGUAAAGUAUAAGAACAUCACAUCAGGGUUUGGAGUUUUGCUGAAGGAACAAGGUGUCAGAGGUUUCUUCAAAGGCUGGGUGCCAACUUUACUUGGUUACAGUGCUCAAGGAGCAUGCAAGUUUGGAUUUUAUGAAUACUUCAAAAAGUAUUACUCAGAUCUUGCAGGACCAGAAAAUGCAGUAAAGUACAAAACUUUCAUAUAUCUAGCUGGUUCUGCUUCAGCAGAAGUUAUUGCUGAUGUUGCACUUUGUCCAAUGGAGGCAGUUAAAGUUCGUGUACAAACUCAACCUGGCUUUGCUCGUGGUUUGUUUGAUGGGUUACCUAAGUUUAUCAAGGCUGAUGGUAUUUCUGGGCUGUAUAAAGGACUUGUUCCUCUUUGGGGACGUCAGAUACCAUACACGAUGAUGAAAUUUGCUUCCUUUGAGACCAUUGUGGAGAUGAUCUACAAAUAUGCCAUCCCAACCCCAAAAGAACACUGCAGCAAAAAUAAGCAGCUUGGGGUCAGUUUUGCAGCAGGAUAUGUUGCUGGUGUACUAUGUGCAAUUGUCUCACACCCUGCUGAUAACCUCGUUUCUUUUCUCAACAAUGCCAAAGGAGCCACUAUUGGUGAUGCAGUGAAGAAGAUUGGGCUAUUGGGUCUUUUCACUCGUGGACUUCCUCUUCGUAUAGUUAUGAUUGGAACACUAACUGGAGCACAAUGGGGUCUCUAUGAUUCAUUUAAAGUAUUCGUAGGACUGCCAACUACUGGUGGAGCGACUCCUGCCCCUACGAAAUAGAAGCCAUUCAAAGUUUCAAACAAACACAUGCUUGGUUAUGCAGAAGAGAUAUUAUUUUGACAGACAAAUAAUGUUAGAUUUCUAAUGCCUCUUAGUUCAAGCCUGCUUUACCAAAGAACCACCAUAUAAUAUUUUAUUAAUGUUCAGAUUUUGUCCUUCAUUUGA